AUGGCCACGACGGCGCCGCCGCCGUACGAGCCGUACAUGGUCGGCACGCUCCACUACAACUCGCCGGAGCAGCUCACCGAGAGCGGGCUGAACGGCAAGUACGACGCCAAGGUCGUGGACAUGUGGGCGGCGGGCUGCGUGAUGGCCGAGCUCCUCACCGGCGGCAGAGCGUUCACGUCGGAGACGGCGAAGGAGCACCUCCUGGAGCUGGUGGAGCUGAGAGACUACGACAUCGGGUCCAGGAACUCGCUGGCGUUCGGCGGCCUGCGGUGGCUGUCGCCGGCGGGGCGCGAGGUGCUCGCUGGGCUGCUGGCCUUCGACGGCGACAAGAGGAUGACGGCAGAGGCGGCGCUGGAGCACCGGUGGUUCACGGAGGAGGCCGACUCCCCUGCCGUCCUCAGCUGUCUCGCCGCCAUAGCUUCAUGA